CUCGCGAUCUUUUCACAAUCAGAUAUUUUCUUAUCAAUUCAUCCACCAAGUAAAUAAUCACCCAAUUACCGUAAUGUCAUCCAAGUCCUUCUACGCUCUCAUCGCUGGCGUUGGCCCUGGCACUGGUCGUUCCGUCGCUUUGCGAUUCGCUCAGAAAUACCCAGUCGUAUUGCUUGCUCGUCGGCCUGAGAGUUAUGAGAGUACUCUUGCAGAUGUCCAGAAGGCGGGUGGUAAGGCGAUCGGAGUCUCAGCCGACGUAGGAGACGCUGCGUCUUUGAAGAAGGCCUUUGAGACUAUCAACAAGGAAUUGCCGGAUAGUCAACUCGCAGCCGCUAUUUACAACGUUGGAAGUGGUGGUUUUGCUAAGAAGCCUUUCUUGGAGCUUACAGAGAAUGAUCUCAAUGCCAGCAUUGAUGGAUCCAUCCGAGCAUUCUUCAAUUUUGCACAAUCUACUGUCCCUCAUCUUCUCGAAGCAGUGCCAAACUCUCACUACCCUCCAACCCUAAUCCUCACUGGCGCCACGGCUUCCAUCAAGGGUUCCGCGCAGUUCAGCACCUUCGCAGCUGGAAAAUGGGGCCAACGCGCGAUGCAUCAAUCUCUCGCACGUGAAUUUGGUCCAAAAGGUGUCCAUGUAGCUCAUGCAGUUAUUGAUGGAGUUAUUGAUAUUCCUCGUACCAAGCAAUGGGCUGCUAAUGACGGUGCCGAGGAUGGAAAGAUUAGCCCUGAUGCGAUUGCUGAGGCUUACUGGAAUCUUCAUACUCAACACCGAUCCGCAUUUACCCAGGAGAUCGAUAUUCGACCUUAUCUUGAAAAGUGGUAGAAGCUGCGCCAUUAGCCUCAAUUAUAAUUCAAAUCGUUGUUGCAUAAGCAAAAUUUCCAUAUCAUUUGAGAAACGUGGCUCACAAUCGUCCAUGAUAAGAUCUCAUUAAGG